UCUAUACACCGUUACCGCCAUCUUCUGCGUCCCCAGCGGCGUCCCUUGCUCUUGGCAUUCCCACACAAUGUUGUCAAUUACGUAGCAUUUUGCUGUAAUAUGGUGCGUGUGUGUGAAAUUAUGGUUGUAAAGCGAACGGAGAAUCACCAUGUACAUUAGACAAAUUAUUAUCCAAGGAUUUAAGAGUUACAGAGAGCAGACUGUCAUAGACCCUUUUGACCCUCGGCACAAUGUAGUCGUUGGUCGAAAUGGCUCUGGCAAGAGUAACUUCUUCUAUGCCAUCCAGUUUGUACUAAGUGAUGAAUUCAAUCACCUUCGAGCCGAGCAGCGGCAGGCCCUCCUCCAUGAGGGUACUGGUCCCAGAGUUAUUUCUGCUUUUGUGGAGAUCAUCUUUGACAAUGCUGAUGGCAGGAUACCAAUUGAUAAGAAUGAGGUGUGCUUGCGUCGUGUUAUUGGUGCCAAGAAAGAUCAGUACUUUCUUAACAGAAAAGCAGUUACCAAGCUUGAUGUGAUGAAUCUUCUAGAAUCUGCAGGGUUCUCACGAUCAAACCCAUAUUACAUUGUCAAACAGGGUAAGAUUAACCAGAUGGCAACAGCUCCUGACUCCCAAAGAUUAAAGUUACUAAGAGAAGUUGCUGGAACCCGCGUGUAUGACGAAAGAAGAGAAGAGUCUAAGGUUAUUCUUAAAGAAACACAAAGUAAGCGGGAAAAAAUUGAAGAAUUCCUUCGGACAAUUGAGGACAGAUUGCAGACAUUAGAAGAAGAAAAAGAAGAGCUGAAAGAGUACCAGAAGUAUGACAAGAUGCGUAGGGCACUGGAAUACACAAUUCAUGACAGAGAGCUCAAAGAGACUAGAAAGAAGUUGACAGAUAUGGAAAAUCAGCGAAAAAACUCUGGUGCUGAGCAAGAGCAGUUUAGACAGCAGCUGCAAAAAUCUCAAGAAUCCAUUAAGACACUGUCAAAGGAUAUGAAGGAUGUGAAGUCCAAGCUGUCACAGGUAAAAGAAGAAAGAGACACAUACAAUAUGGAGCAACAACAACUUCUGAAAGAGAAGACAAAAUUGGAAUUCACAAUAAAAGACUUGACAGAUGAAGUUCAAGGAGACAACAAAUCAAAGGAAAGGGCAGAGAAAGAAUUGCAAAAGCUUCGAAGUACUAUUUCCCAGAAAGAGGCAGAAUUGGAGGCCAUUAGACCACAGUAUGAAGAAAUGAAAGGUCGGGAGGAUGAGGCACAGCACGAGUUGUCCAUGAAAGAUCAGAAACGGAAAGAGCUUUAUGCCAAGCAGGGCCGAGGUAGUCAGUUCACAUCUAAGGAGCAGCGUGACCAGUGGAUCCAGAAGGAGUUAAGAUCGAUAGAACGCGCGAUGGGUGAAAAAAAGGACCAAAUCAGGCGGCUUGAUGAAGAGAUAAAUCGAGAUGGGGAACGGAACAAAGAAUUAGAGAAACGAUUACAGGAGCUAUCCACAGACACAGAAAACUACAGACAGAGUAUUGAUGAGCACAACAAAGUUUUUUAUGAAAUGAAGAAGAGAAAAGACCAGUUACAGAGUGAGAGAAAUGAACACUGGCGUAAGGAGAACAACCUACAGCAAAAUGUUAGUUCUCUCAAGGAGGAACUGUCAAGGGCUGACCAAUCUUUACGUUCCAUGGCUGGCAAGCCCAUCCUUAAUGGCCGGGACAGUGUUCAGAAGGUGUUGGAUACGUUUCGUGACCGUGGUGGGCACCUUGGAGAAAUUGCCACUCAGUAUUAUGGUCUUCUCAUUGAAAAUUUUGAAUGUGAGCGUUCCAUCUAUACUGCUGUAGAAGUUACUGCUGGUAAUAAGCUUUUUCAUCAUAUUGUUGAAUCUGACAAGAUUGGCACUCAGAUUCUGAAGGAGAUGAACAAGCAGAAGUUGCCUGGGGAAGUUACCUUCAUGCCUCUCAACAGACUCACAGUAAAAGACAUUGAUUAUCCUCAGACUAAUGAUGCCAUCCCUAUGGUAAGCAAGUUGACUUACUCUCAACGAUACCAUAAAGCUCUCAAGUAUAUUUUUGGCCGCACCCUCAUAUGCCGUAAUUUAGAAGUUGCUACUCAUCUGGCUCGUUCCACUCGUCUUGACUGUGUUACGCUCGAUGGAGAUCAAGUGUCAAGUAAGGGAUCACUAACUGGUGGAUACUUCAACACUUCACGAUCCCGUCUUGAAAUCCAAAAGACGAGAUCAGAAUUACGGGAUCAGAUUACAUCAGCUGAAACAGAGCUAAGAACUUUACAAGAAACUUUGAGAAACACAGAACAAGAAAUAAAUAAGAUUGUUUCUGAGAUGCAGAAAACAGAAAUUAAGAACAGCAAAGCCAAGAACUUAUUUGAGAAAGUGAAAACAGAUAUUAGAUUGAUGAAGGAGGAGCAGUCAGGACUGGAGCGCACUAAGCAACCUAAGGAAAGAUCAUUGACUCAGCUGAAAGCCAACUUGGAGGCCAUGAUGGCCACCAAGGAGGGCUUGGAGUCUGAGCUUCACCAAGAUCUCAUGGCCACACUUAGUGUUCAGGACCAACAUGAGGUUGAUCAGCUGAAUGAUGACAUCAGACGGCUGACCCAAGAAAAUAAGGAAGCUUUCACCAGACGUAUGAAAUUAGAAGCAGACAAGAACAAGUUGGAGAACCUUCUUACAAAUAAUCUUCAUCGGAGAAAGGAUGAGCUAAUGCAGGCAUUGCAAGAAAUUUCAGUGGAGGACAGGAAGCGUCAACUGGAACACAGCCAGAGUGAGAUCCAGAGAGUUGACGCCCGUAUUGAAGAAGUGGCUGUGCAGUACAAAGAUGUAGAGAAAAAGGUCACUGAGCAUCAAAAGAAAGAAAAGAGUUUAAAAUCUGAACUAGAAAAAGUGAAAUCCAAAGAGAAGGAAGUAAUGGAAAGAAUGGAAGAAGAUGCUAAGGACUUGGAGAAAAUGGCAUCCAAGCAAAAUCUUCUGCAUCAGAAGAUAGAUGAAUGCACAAAAAAGAUUCGAGAUUUGGGAUCUCUUCCCUCAGAAGCCUUUGAUAAAUAUCAGAAUCUAGCAACAAAGCAACUUUUUAAGAAGUUAGAAGGUGCCAACAUGGAAUUGAAGAAGUAUUCACAUGUUAACAAGAAAGCCCUCGAUCAGUUCAUUUCUUUCUCUGAACAAAAAGAAAAACUUGUGAUGAGAAAAGAGGAGUUAGAUAGAGGAUAUGACAAGAUUAAGGAACUGAUGAAUGUCCUUGAGCACCGUAAAUAUGAAGCUAUCCAGUUCACUUUCAAGCAGGUAUCCAAAUAUUUCAGUGAAGUGUUUAAGAAACUAGCCCCUCAAGGUCAUGCUCAGUUGGUGAUGAAAUCUAAUAGGGAUGAGGAGAGUGAGCAAGAAGAACAGGGUACUGUGGACAACUUCUCGGGUGUUGGUAUCAGAGUAUCUUUCACUGGAAGAAAUGCUGAAAUGAGAGAAAUGAAUCAGCUAUCAGGAGGUCAAAAGUCUCUUGUUGCUCUUGCCCUUAUUUUUGCUAUUCAAAAAUGUGAUCCAGCUCCAUUCUACCUCUUUGAUGAAAUUGAUCAGGCUCUUGAUGCUCAGCACAGGAAGGCAGUGGCUGACAUGAUCCAUGAGUUGAGUAAAGAUGCUCAGUUUAUCACUACCACCUUCAGACCAGAGCUGCUGGAACAUGCCAACAAGUUCUAUGGGGUUAAGUUUAGGAAUAAAGUUUCCCAUGUGGAAUGUGUGUCGAGAGAAGAAGCGUACGACUUUGUUGAAGAUGAUCAGACUCAUGGUUGAACUGUUUUAUGCUUCCUCGGGCUGUACUGUGUUGGGUGUGAGAGGUUCUUGGUAAAAAUUCUUAAUUAAUUUUUUAGAAAGUUUUAUAAAAGAAAAUGUAUGAUACUUUUAUUAAAGACAUGUACAGAAAUAUAGAUAAAUUGAAUGUGGUGAGUAUAAUUCUGUGAUCUGGGUGAGAUUAUUGUAAAUGAAAGUGAAUGUGUGUGACACAUGUAAAUAUUUAUUUUCAACAUGGCAGCAUUUGCUUUUGUUGAAAGUAGGUCUCUGUACAAAAUAUUUUUGUUACAAUUUAAGUUUAUUUUCUAAUGUGUAUACAUGGUUGGGACCUGAGGUACCAUAAUAAUAUAAAAGAAAGCACUUAUUUUUACAUGUUAAAUUAAUUUGAUUAAUCCAGAAUUUUCCCUUGAUUUUCUUAUUUAAUUGUAAUUACUGUUUUUGUUUUUAUUUUUAUUUUUUAAAUAAAAAACUUUGAAUAGUAAAUGGAAGAUUAUUUUAUAUUUUGUGGACAAAUAAAAUGUUCAAAAUACAGUACAUGCAAAGUGCUCUUUUUUUAUUUUGUAAUAAAGGAUAAAACAAAA